AUUUCAUCUUCCCAUUUAUUAAACCGGUAGUAGAGCCUUUUCCGUGAAUUUGAUAAACUCUUAUAUUAAUCUGUAUGAUUGUUUAACACCAUGGCAAGUGUUUCAAAUAGAAUCAGCAAUCUGCUGGAAAAGAUGACCUCAUCAGACAAAGAUUUUCGAUUUAUGGCAACAAAUGACUUAAUGAUAGUACUUCAAACAGGAAAUGUUUUACUAGAUACACAUACUGAAAAAAAAGUGAUACUUAUGUUGCUAAGCCUUCUCGAAGAUCAAAAUGGUGAAGUCCAAAAUCUGGCCAUUAAAUGCUUGGAUCUUUUAGUUACCAAAGUCAAAGAACCUCAAGUAGAAGCUAUAGUUCUACCAUUGUGUGCAAAUAUGAUAGCUGGUAAAGAGCAGUUAAGAGAUAUUUCAAGUAUUGUUUUAAAAACUGUCAUUUUCACACUUUCUCAAACACAAAAAAAUUUAUCUCAUAGCAUUGUUAAGAAAAUGGCAGAAUCUUUGACUAGUGCUAUUGAAAAUGAUGAUGUAUCUAUUCAACUACGAGUACUGGAUAUUAUAACAGAUCUGUUAGUGCGCUUUGGUCCGGCUUUGCAAGAAUUCCACAGUUCCAUUAUCAAAGCUCUUCUUCCACAAUUGCGAUCCCAACGUCAAGCUGUCAGAAAGCGCACAAUUACAGUCUGUAGCAACUUGGUACUUUCUUGCAACAAAACUAUAUACACUAAAUUAGUCGACCAUUUGUAUAAAAGGUUGUGUUCUAACAAAAAUAGUUCGCAAGUUAAAACUUACAUUCAGUGUGCCUCUGCUGUUUGCCGUCAAUCUGGACCUAAAUUUGGAGAACACCUUGAUAAAUUCGUACUGUUGACCCUAGAAUACUGUGAUACUGAAGAUGAUGAACUUCUAGAGUGUUGUUUACAAGCUCUAGCAAACUUUAUUACCACGUGCCCCAAAGAAAUGACAAAGAAUAUCCAUAUGGUUAUAAACGUGUCAUUGAAGUAUCUUGUCUAUGAUCCCAACUACAUCGAUGAAAACGCACCAGAAGACAAUUGUAGCGACGAAAAUGAAGAUGAGUACAGUGACGAUGACGAUAUGAGCUGGAAAGUGAGAAAAUCGGCUGCAAAAUGUUUGGAAUCGAUUAUUAUAACCAGACGCGAAUUAAUUAAUGAAUUCUACAAAACUCUGUCACCAGUUCUAAUUUCUAGAUUUAAGGAGAGAGAAGAAAACGUAAGAUCUGAUAUAUUCCAUGCCUACAUAUCGCUUCUUAAAGAAACAAAAGGCGAAACUAAUGUAAAUCAUAACACCAUGCUUAUAGACGAUGAAGAAGAAUCCUCCAUAUCUCUUCUACAGCAACAAAUCGAACCAUUAGUUAAGGCUGUACAGGCGCAGUUGCGAACAAAAAGUCUUAAAACCAGACAAGAUUGCUUCCACUUACUAAAAGAGUUAUGUGUAGUACUUCCAGGUGCAUUGACUAAUUAUAUUGGAGAAUUGAUCCCCGGCAUACUUUUUUCCUUUAAAGAAAAUAGUGCUAGUGUAAAGUUAGAUGUAUUGUCGUUUGUCUACCGUUUGGUAACGACACACCCACCUCACGCUUUUUAUCCCUAUAUUAGUACUUUUUUACCAACCGUGAUAAAUGCUGUGAAUGAUAGUUUCUACAAGAUCACUGCUCAAGCUUUAAAUGUGCUGCAAGAAUUUGUAAAAGUAAUUCGACCGAUGGAUGCAAUUUCGGGAUUCGACUUUAGGCCUUACACCAAAGAUAUUUAUGUUUGUACAUACGUUCAUUUGAAAGCUACCGACGUUGAUCAAGAAGUCAAAGAAAAAGCAAUAUAUACGAUGGGACAAGUCAUUUGUAACUUUGGCGAUCAUUUAAGAGCCGAACUACCCGAUUGUCUGCCUCUGUUUCUUAAUAGAUUGAAAAAUGAGACUACAAGACUUACGACUAUCAAAGUCCUAACUCAAAUUGCGAGUUCGCCUUUAGGUAUUAAGUUGCCCAUAUUGUCAGAGGUAAUGUCGAUUCUAGCGACGUAUUUAAGAAAGAGCCAUAGAAUUUUAAGACUGUCUACACUACAAUUAAUCGAUUCUGUUAUGAAUAAUUAUCAUAAGGAUUUGAACGAAGACUUAUUGAAACCUAUCGUAUCAGAAAUACCACAAUUGAUUGAUGAAUCUGAUCUACAAGUUACACAGAAAACGCUCGUUGUUUUGCAGUUGAUUACUGUGUACCAUCCAAAGGCAUUACAAAAUGUGAGAACUACUAUUAUGCCGCAGAUUAUAUUACUCGUGCAAUCUCCUUUGUUACAAGAUUCAACGUUGCAAUCGAUUCUAGGCUUUUUAAAUUCAUUAAUUAAAUGUGACUCACCAGGAUAUUCCCUUUACCUAAGACUACUUAAGGAACCAAUACUAAGUACACCGACUACCCUAUCUAGACAGGUAUUCUGUUCCCUAGCCAAGUGUGUCGCUACAAUAACAGCUGCUAAUGAUUUAGUUACUAACGAAAUGAUAUUGGUGUUUAUUAAUGAAUUUAAAAUUGCCACCACCGAUCAUGAGAAAAUAUUCGCAUUAUUGGUGCUAGGAGAAAUUGGUAGAAAAAUCGAUUUAUCCUCAUCAGAUGUGAUAAAUAUAAUACUUGAAUCUUUUGUUUCCAAAUCGGAAGAAAUUAAUUCAGCUGCUAGUUAUGCCCUCGGCAGUGUUUGUGUUGGUAAACUAUGUCAUUAUAUGCCGUUGAUCUUGAAACAUUGUCAAGCAGAUUCAGCCAAUCUGUAUUUGUUUUUGACUUCUUUGAAGGUGGCAAUCGCAGGUUUGUCAGAAACACGAGAAGGAAAACGUGAGUUGCUUUCACAAGCUCCUUUGAUAUGGCAACAAUUGUACAACUGUUGUGACUGUACUGAGGAAGGAAAGAGAAAUGUCGCAGCAGAAUGUCUCGGAAAAUUGGCGUUAUUAGAUCCCAACGAGUUCCUACCAAUAUUAGAAAGUUAUUUAAAUUCUGCAUCACCUUUAAUAAGAAGUACAGUAGUGACAGCUGUUACAUUUACCAUUUCAGAUCAACCAUCACCAAUCGAUCAAUUAUUAAUACAAUGUAUUGGAAAAUUCUUGAAUACUUUAAAGGAUCCCGACAUAAAUGUAAGAAGAGUAGCUCUGGUAGCUUUUAAUACAGCUUCACACAAUAAACCUUCUCUUAUUAGAAAUUUACUGGAUUCCAUAUUACCGCAAAUUUAUGAGCAAACUAUAAUUAAGGAAGAGUUAAUUCGAGAGGUUCAAAUGGGACCGUUUAAGCACACUGUGGAUGACGGAUUAGAUAUCAGAAAAGCAGCUUAUGAAUGCAUGUACACUUUGUUAGACACAUUCCUUGAAAAAUUGGAUAUAGUUGAAUUUAUUAAUCAUUUAGAAAGAGCAUUGAAUGAUCAUUACGAUAUCAAAAUGUUAACUCACCAUAUAAUAAUUAGAUUGUCACAGAUAUGUCCAGAAGCUGUAUUGCAAUCAAUUAAUAAGUUACUAGGACCUCUAAAAUCUUCAUUAGAAGUGAAAGUGAAAGCAAAUUCGGUUAAACAAGAAUAUGAAAAACAGGAAGAACUGAAGAAGUCAGCUGAGCAGGUCAUAGCUGUCCUUCAAAGUAUACCGCCGGCAGUAGCGUGCUGAAUAGAGAAGUUAAUAAAUGUAAAGAAUAUAAUUUGCCAAAAAUAUUACAUGACAAAAAAGUAUGUUGUCAUAAAGGCAAAGGAUUAGCAGCGGUUCCUGAACAUGAUGACCCAUACUUCUUCAAGCAUGGAAACUAUCACCAAAUUACAAAAACGGAAUAUUAACAAACAUUCUUGGACAAGGAAAUCCAGUAAACAUAGGACAUUUUCGUUAUUUUCUUAACAUUAUUAUUUAACAUUAUUGGUCAAGAUAAUCCAAUACAUAGUAGAUAUAUUCAUUAGUUUUUUAUCAUUCUUGUUUAACAUUUUCGAAAAGGAUAUUCCAAUAAACUGUGGAAAUUUUCGAUAACUUCCGUAUCAUUUUUGUUUUAUUUCCGAAUAAAGGUUUUAUAUCUGC